AUGGAACUAAAACAAUGUCAUUCUUUUCAAACAUCCGAGACGAAUAGGUUUCAUCCAUUACUAUCCCAUAUAAGUGAUGGUAGUCAUGAGGAUUCCAAUGGAUCAAGUUCGCAAAUUAAACAACAAGUCGAUGCUUUCUUGAGUGCCCCCAUAUUCAGCGCAGCUGCCUAUGAUCUCGUCAUUAGGUCUGCGAGCGCGUCUUUAACCACAAUUCCAGACAUAACACCCCAAUAUGGAUUACUCGGGAUAGAAGUGGGAGAAGAAGGUUGCAGUGUAGAAGCUGGGCUCCGACUGCUUCUUGCCAACCUGAAUAUGCCUUGGUCCGCAUUCAUCUGCGGUUCACAAGGUGCUGGCAAGAGCCAUACAUUGUCUUGUUUGUUGGAAUCAUCCUUGAUAAAAGACAAUUCAGCAGGCGAGCUUCCAAGUCCCUUGGCUGGUUUAGUCAUGCAUUACGAUGCUUUCACGAGCAGUAAUACGAGUCAACUAUGCGAAGCCGUUAAUCUGUGUUCAUCCGGAAUUCCUGUCACAAUCAUGGUAUCACCAUCGAAUAUAUGGUCGAUGAAAAGACUCUAUGGGGAACUUUCAUCACAUAACAAUGGUGGAUUUCCCCUGCGUGUCGUCCCGCUCUAUCUCAAUGAAGACCAGUUGGAUAGUUCCAGAAUUCUUAAACUCAUGGCUUUCGAUCCGAAUGCUGACAACGUACCUCUGUAUAUGGGAGCUGUCAUGAGCAUUAUUCGAGAGAUAGCUAUGUCUGGCGUUAAGUUCACAUACACACUUUUUCGGAAACGGCUCGCAGAUGUACGCUGGACUGCAGGGCAAGAGACACCUCUUAAUAUGCGACUUCAAAUGCUCGACACCUUUCUAGUGCCAUCUACGAAGACGAAGAUCAUGAAACCAGCCGCAGCUGAAGAAAAUAUAUGGUCUUUCCAGCCGGGAUCAUUGACGAUUAUUGACCUGAGUGAUCCUUUCAUGAGUACCGGUGAUGCGUGCUGCUUAUUCUCCAUUUGCCUCUCUAUUUUCCUUGAAAAAAGGGGCGAAUGCGGACAGGUUGUCGUAUUGGAUGAAGCACACAAAUUCCUACUUCAGUCGGGCGACGCUAAAGUACUUACAAAUGAACUCAAGUCAGUCAUUCGACAGCAGCGGCAUACCGGAACUCGCGUUCUCAUUGCAACACAAGAGCCGACUCUGUCACCUGACUUGAUCGAUUUGGCAAAUGUGACGUUUGUUCACCGUUUUCAAUCUCCUACUUGGUAUAGCACUCUCAAAAAACAUUUAGCAGGAGCAGAUCGCGAUGACCUGUUCCAUGAAAUUGUCGCACUUCGAACAGGAGAGGCACUGUUAUUUUGUCCCACAGCUCGGGUUGUGGUGAACGGAAAUAUAACAAAGUGCAAGCAAUUAGAUAAUCUCGGGGAAAAAUGUUUGCGCAUCAGAAUGCGGCAGCGCAUCACCGCCGAUGGCGGCAAGAGUAUCAUGGCAAAUGACCAAAAAAAGAUUAGCUCUAUGAUUAUGGAAACCGUUCGCAUGCAUGUUGUCACAGGCAAAAGUUCGCACGAAAACUCGGACAAGAAAGCGAGAUCUAAUAUCCCCAACCCGUCUACUGAAAGCUCAAGCUCGAAACUCAUUACACCUUCAAAAAUCUCGAAUGUUCAGAAGGUUGCAACUGACACCGGGCAGGAUAAGGGUAAGGAAGCUACAGCAGCCCCCGCGACUGCUACGUCCUCCAAUAAUCAAGUUGGGAAACAUGAUAAAAUUGACCCUAAUACUAUGGUGAAAAGUAAUGCUAGUCAAAGUAGUAUGCAGCAUAGUGGCAAAAAGUCCAAUCACGAAUUGAAAAGCCAAAAACUCAUCCAAACUAAGGCUCAGCUCAAUUCUUCCAUUGAACAACACGUUUCGGUCGCGGCCACCGAUACAACACUCUUAACGACAAGUGAAAUGUCACGGACUGAAAAAAGAAAACUCUUUCGAAUUUACCGACAGACUAUUAAACUUUCACCUGAGUUUAUAAAGAUAGAUCAAAUGAGAGAGAUUUUUUUCCAACUUUUUGAAGCAGCUUUGGUGAGAAAGAGAGCAAAGUGA